AUGAAUAAAAAUCUUAUUUUGAUUUACAUCUUUCAAAUCUUGGUAAUAAAGUCCCAAAACAGCACCAACAACAGCAUCAACAUUUUCAACAUUGCCAUCAACAUUAUCAACAACAACAUCAACAUCACCAUCAACAUUAUCAACAACAACAUCAACAUCACCAUCAACAUUAUCAACAACAACAUCAACAUCACCAUCAACAUUAUCAACAACAACAUCAACAUCACCAUCAACAUUAUCAACAACAACAUCAACAUCACCAUCAACAUUAUCAACAACAUCAUCAACAACAACAUCAACAUCAUCAACAACAACAUCAACAUCAUCAACAACAACAUCAACAUCAACAUCAACAUCAUCAACAUCUUCAACAUCAACAUCAUCAACAUCUUCAACAUCUUCAACAUCAUCAACAUCUUCAACAUCAACAUCAUCAACAUCACCAUCAACAUCAUCAACAUCUUCAACAUCAACAUCAUCAACAACAUCAUCAACAUCUUCAACAUCAACAUCAUCAACAACAACAUCAACAUCAUCAUCAACCUCAUCAACAACCAAACAAUUCAAAAAGAAUAA